AUGGAGAGACAAGCUUCAACUUUAUACAAUGCUCUUGCCGCAAGAGGGCAUGAAAUUCAUGUUUUCACGGUGCCAGGAGACCUCACCAAGGCAUCCAUGAAGGCAACCGUCCAUAUCCACUUUGCAGCAAAUGAUCAUGGCUCGGUUAAUUGCUCUCUAGCAUUUGAUAUAUUCAAUCAAGAAAACAUAGCUGGUGCGUUUGAUUAUGUGCACAGUGAGAGUGUCUCACUGCCUUAUUGGCGUGCAAGAACAUUGCCAAAAGUGGCAGUAACUCCAAAAGUGGCAGUAACUCCUUAUGCACUCCAAGUAAUUCCAAGAGCUUCUUUCAAACCCAAAUGGGGAAUUUCCAGGACCCAUGACUGA